GAGAUUACUAUAAUUUGCAGAAAUAUAUUAGUGAUUAGCUGUAGCAAACUAGCACAAGAUCUCCUGCAGGGUUUUAGAAUAAUCCCAAGAGAUCAAUGAAUCACUAACGCAAUCCCCCUAGGGUUUAAGCAAGGCCCCCUUUUUCGAAAAAACACACACACAAAAAAUGGCAAAUUCAAUGGCUGUUCUCUCACGCAGAAUUUACCGUUCCCUUCUCUCACCAAACCCAAAAAUUUCACAGCUUUCAAUGCCCUUUUGCACCUCCUCCACCACCACCACCACUAACAACCUCUCCUUUCGUGAAGAAGAGUCUGAAUUGGACGGCUCAGACACUCACUCAGUCCCCAACUCAACCACCUCAAGUUCACCAUCAUCAUCAACAACAACAUCUGAAGGAUCGAGCGGGUCACGAAUGGUCCAGGAUCGUCCCCUUGAAAAUGGCCUUGAUGUUGGCGUUUACAAGGCGAUAUUGGUGGGGCAGGUGGGGCAGAAUCCAUUGCAGAAGAAGUUGAGGAGUGGGAGGGAGAUAACGAUUUUCUCAAUGGGGACAGGUGGGAUUCGCAAUAAUCGAAGGCCAUUGCAGAAUGAGGAUCCAAGGGAGUAUGCAAAUAGGUGUGCUGUUCAGUGGCAUCGAGUUUCAGUCUACCCAGAGAGAUUAGGUCGUGUUGUAAUGCAGAAUGUUGUGCCCGGGACAAAUAGAAAAUUGAAAAGAAGUCAGAGGGGAGAAAGAUAAAGCCAAGAAGAGAAGAAAAGGAGCUGGGGAAGAGAAAGAAAUGAGCUGAAGAAGAGAGGAAAAUUAGGGGAGGAAAACUAAAAGUUGGAACUUUUUUAUCUAUUCAUCAUCAACUAACUACAAUGUUAAAAAUUACAUUUAAAGAGUAAAACCCUAAAACAAUCAACAAUUACGCUAAAGGCCUGAAGUCUAAAAUAGAAUAACAUCAAAUCUAAUAAUAAAACUCAAAUAAAAGUCCAAAUAAAUUAAACCCAAUAACAUAGGCUAAAGCCUAAUCUCCCAUUCAAAGAACAAUGGGUUGGGCUACCCUCCAUCAUCUAUGAUCAUACGUGACCGGUGUCCCCACUAGUUUCUCAAAGCAAGAAGAAACAAUGUUCAUUUGUCUUUAUAGCAACAAAAUCAUUUCAAUGAGGAGUUUGUAUAUCUUAUUUUCAUGGGUUUAAUAUUCUAGCAUUUAGGCUGUGAUGAUGCUUUAAUCAUUUGGCUCAUACAUAGGGAAAUCUAAUUUCGUUAUAUAUUAAACCAUGUCUUAGAUCUGGUGUCCCCACUAGU